AUGUCGUACUAUUUUCUCUUCGCAAUUGUUGGUCUUGUGUCAUUUGCACGUGCGCAAACGCUGAUCAAUGAUUCCUGUGAAUCACAUGUUGAUAAGCUUAGCACUUGUGCAGGUACGAUAAGCUUUUCAGGGGUUUGUUAUUCAAGCAAAAUUGAGCUUCGUGAUACCCAGUACGUGAAAUGUGCCAAUGUUGACUUCUUCUGGUCAUAUCCUCUGAAUAAUAUGACGUUGGUUAUCGAAACGCCAUUCACUCAAAAACGUCAACGUUUUACAGUGAGUCUUAAAACUCAACCAUUGCAAGGUGCUGUGUCACAUGUUUAUCGAAUUAUCGAUGAUCAAGAAACUGAUGUGACAACACGGCCAACACAUCUAAGUCGUUAUGGUGUUGAAAUUCAAUAUGAGUCUACUGUUAAAGCUUGA